AUGUUCACCCGUGUCUUCACGCUCUUCGAACUGGGCUUCGGCCGCAACCAAUCAUCCUCGACCUCUAUAUUCUUGUCUUCGCCACCGCACCCGCCGCUCGGAUUUCCGGGAGAAAGUUUCAAUCCACGCAUACCCGGAGCGUACCCAGUUAUCACCACUUUAGCACGGCUUUCGCACGACUGCGAGACGAGAGAAUGCGACGAAGAUCGCCAGGGCCCUUGCAGUAGUCCUCCGAGCGUUCUGAGCGAGUCUACGUCAGCCUCUGCCAAGGGAACAUCUUCGCCUCAGCAUGCUUCGUCCCGCCGCAUGCCCGGUGCAUACCCCGAUAGCAUCAGGCUACCUUCUAACUCGUCCAUUCGCCGCAACUCGACCUGGGCCGAACGUCGGAGGGCUGAAGAAGCACUUUUGCGCAAGAUGCGUCGCGACGAGGGGGUCGCCAGUCACAAACGGCGUUGCCGGGCGUGCAAGUGGGCCAAUAGACAAAGCUCAUCAACAGAUGCGGGCGUGGAUGAUCCGCAUGCGCACGGCACACAGCAUAUGCACAGCCCAGAGCGCUUUGCCAAUCAGCACCGCAAUGCCGCCCGCGACAACUUGAAGACACCGAAGGAGGAGCAUAUCUAUGCGAGAGUACGCAUGAGGCGUGCGCGCAGACGGGCCGAGAUGAAGGCUAGUCACGACCCGUUGGAGGAGGACCCUGUCGUGCGUGGACAUGGAUCUGGGACCCCACUCGAGGAGGGCUCGCAUCGCCAGGCGCCAGACGAGAUUGUGUUCGAACCGGCGCCACAGACCCAGCCUUCACUCGAUCCUCAACAGGAGGCUCUGAUGGCGUGCUUCCGACGGUACGACCUCAAGUGGAACACUCUCAAGUCGGGAACCCUCCAGGCGGGCACUAUCGCCGGGGAGGAAUUACCCUGGCCCGUUCGCGAGGGCACGCAGUACCUGCAGAGUCUAGAUGCGGUCAAUCUGGCAGCAGUUACCGAGUUUAUCCUCCAUCCCGAGCGCCCGGGUAGCGAGAACAGGGCGCCUCGGCAACGAGUGAAGGAUGAACUUGUCCGGUGGCAUCCAGACCGGUUCGAUACGCUGGUGCUGCCGUUGGUCUUAGCGAGCCAGGCCGAGGGAGUGAAGGCUCUGGCCCAACAGGUAACCGUAUAUCUUAACGAGAUUCUUAAAGACCUGUAG